AUGGUAGCAGUGCACACUUCGUCUCAUUCAUCAGAAUCUGCCGAGUGGAUUAUCUGUCUGGAUAAGAGACCAGCAGAGCGCUCAGGUGAAGACGUCGACACCAUCCUGGCUCGUCUGAAAAACGCGAAGACCUUUGAGAAAUUCCACCCCAGUUUGCUGCAGCAGAUUUGUUUGUGUGGAUUCUACGAGUGCCUAGAGAAAGGGAUCACCCUGUUUCGCCAAGGAGACAUCGGCACCAGCUGGUACGCCGUGCUCUCCGGUUCACUGGAUGUAAAAGUGUCUGAGACGUCAAGAUAUCAGGAUGCUGUUACUAUAUGCACCCUGGGCUCUGGCACAGCGUUCGGGGAGUCGAUCCUGGACAACACCCCAAGACACGCUACUAUUGUCACUCGGGAAUUCAGCGAGCUCCUCCGCAUUGAUCAAAAGGAGUUCAGGUCACUGUGGGAGAAAUAUCAUCACUUCAUGGCUGGACUACUUGCCCCACCAUAUGGCGUGAUGGAAAGCAGUGGUGGUUCUGACAGAAUGCCAGAAAAGGAGAGCAUAACCAACAAUGAGCUUGUUUCAGUUUCUAGGCAUCCAAAUAAGAAGUCUUUCCUUGAAAGUCCAGCCAAAGUCCAGCCAAGGUGCACAGCUCAGGGUCUUUCUGAGAAGAUCCUCUCUGCCGGGAAGAUCCUCCGUAACGCCAUCCUCUCCAGAACGCCUCACAUGAUCUGUGACAGGAAGUACCACCUGAGCACAUACAGGCAGUGUUGUGUGGGGACAGAGAUGGUCGACUGGCAGAUGCAGCACAGCUCCUGUGUCCUCUCUCGUAUUCAGGCUGUGGGCAUGUGGCAGGUGCUGCUGGAGGAGGGCACUCUGAACCACGUGGAUGGAGAGACGAGUUUCCAGGACAAGUACCUCUUCUAUCGCUUCCUGGAUGAUGAGCAGGAGGACGCUCCUGUCCCCAACGAGGAGGAGAGGAGGGAGAGCCAGGAGAAGCUGCAGGACACUCUGCUCUUCCUCUCACAGAUUGGACCGGACGCCCUUAUGAGGAUGAUUCUGAGGAAACCUCUCUCUGAAAGGACAGCACAUGAGUUGGAGAUCAUUUAUGAAGAGCUGCUGCACAUAAAGGCCUUAUCUCACCUGUCCACCAGCGUAAAGAGACAACUGGCUGGAGUUCUUAUCUUUGAGUCCCACUCAAAGGCAGGGACUGUGUUGUUCAACCAGGGGGAGGAGGGCACAUCCUGGUACAUUAUUCUAAAGGGUUCAGUCAAUGUGGUCAUCUAUGGGAAAGGUGUGGUGUGCACUCUUCAUGAAGGAGAUGACUUUGGGAAGCUGGCACUCGUCAACGACGCUCCCCGUGCUGCUUCCAUCGUCCUGCGAGAGGACAACUGUCACUUCCUAAGAGUGGACAAAGACGACUUCAACAGGAUUUUAAGGGAUGUGGAGGCAAACACUGUCCGUCUGAAGGAGCAUGGUCAAGAUGUUCUGGUGCUGGAGAAGAGUCGAAACUCCGUCCAUGGAUCCUCUGCAUCUCAUUACAAAUACAACAUCAUGUCUGGGACUCCUGAGAAGAUUUUGGAGCAUCUGCUUGAAAUGAUGCGAUUGGAUUCUCAGUUCACAGAGUCAGACUCAGCUUUAGAUGAUUUUGUGCUGAUGCACUGUGUCUUCAUACCCAACAGUCAGCUGUUUCCAGUGCUGAGAGCCCACUACCAUGCUCAGGCCUUGCAGGGCUCGGAGCAGGAGCAGCUGGACUACACUCUGACCAACAAGCGCAGGGUGAUCUGCCUAGUGGUGAAAUGGGCCUCUGUGCAUGGAGAUCACCUGCAGCAGGAGGACAGGGCCUUCCUGGAGGUCAGUGAAUUUCUCAUGAUGGUAUCGAACGAUGUCAAAGUGCUUCCAGCCCUCGGGGAUCAACUUCCAGAAUUGCAACAAUUUUUAAAGAAGAAUGCAGAAGAUGCCAAAUCCUCGCAGAAAAAGCACAAAGUCCUUUUGCGGCAGUUCAGUAGAGGAGACGAGAAGCAUCAGAAAUGUCAGCCCAUCGGGGGUGAUGAUGAAAUUCUGUUCAAAGUCCACUGCUGUGACCACACCUACACCACCAUCCGGGUCCCUGUGGCCGCCUCGGUCAGGGAGGUCAUUGAUGCUGUGGCUGACAAGCUGGGGUCAGUGGAGGGUCUGAUCCUGGUCGGACUCAGCUCAGCAGGAGAGAAGUCUAUCUUCAAGCCAAAUGAUGUCUCUGUCUUCUCCACGCUCAGCACAAAUGGACGACUCUUUGUCUGCCAGAGGGACAAGCUGGAUUUGUUGACCCCUCUACCUGAGCAGGAGGGUCCUUCCACAGGGUCCUCGGCCAGUUUUGAGUUGAUGAGCUCCAAAGAUGUGGCAUACCACAUGACCUCCUAUGACUGGGAGCUUUUCCACUGUGUUCAUGAGCUCGAGCUCAUCUAUCACACAUUUGGAAGGCAAUAUCUAAAGAAAACCACGGUGAACCUCGAUUUGUUCUUGAGGAGGUUUAAUGAAAUCCAGUUUUGGGUGAUCUCAGAGAUGUGUCUGUGUCCUCAGCUGAACAAGAGGGUGCAGCUUCUGAAAAAAUUCAUCAAGAUUGCUGCUCACUGUAAGGAGUACAAGAAUCUAAAUGCUUUCUUUGCUGUUAUUAUGGGGCUGAGUAACCCGGCAGUGAGCAGACUGAGUCAAACCUGGGAGAAACUUCCCAGCAAAUUCAAGAAGUUUUAUGAGGAAUUUGAAAACUUGAUGAACCCAACCAGGAACCACCGGGCCUAUCGGCUCACAGUCUCCAAGCUGGACCCUCCCAUGAUUCCUUUCAUGCCACUGAUGAUUAAAGACAUGACAUUCACACACGAGGGCAACAAAACAUUUAUCGACAAUUUGGUCAAUUUUGAGAAAAUGCGGAUGAUUGCGAACACAGUGAAGAUAGUGAGAUAUUGCAGGAGUCAAAUGUUCAGUCCAGACUCUCCGCUGGCUGGAAAGCACCACCCUGACAUUUGGACUUACGUUCGUCACUUCAACGUGAUUGACAACCAAAGGACACUGACGCAGCUCUCUCAUGGACUUGAGCCCCGCAGGUCUUAA